AUGGUUCUGUCUGCACAGUCCCAGUACGUGAGCACCGAGAUACGACAAGAUGGUGUGGCCAUCAUCUCCUACAACCGCCCGCAAGUCGCAAACGCCCUCAAUGUGGAUGUUAUGAAGGAGCUCUUCGACGCUUACACGAGAGUAUUGGCCGAUGACAAAGUCAGGGUACUCGUCCAGACAGGGAAGGGGAGCUUCUUUUCCGCCGGUACGUUUCCCUCGGAUCCCUCUCGGGCGCGUGGCGACGUAGCAAAUGUUGACAACCCGUCGUGGCAUCAAGGGAUGGACUUAUCGGGUCAGCGGCCAGCCCAUGCGGACGUCGAUCCUCCCGCAUUGCUUCAUGCUGUGAACAAGAUGCUCAUCGACUGCGACAAAGUUACCAUCGCCGCCGUCAAUGGUCCCGGCGUCGGUUACGGUACCAGCAGUCUCGGAUUAUUUGACCUGGUUUACGCAGUUCCCGAUGCAUACUUCUUCACGCCUUUCGUCAAAUGGGGCCUUGCUGCUGAGGCCUGCUCCAGCUUCACCUUCACCCACGCCCUUGGGCGACAAAAGGCAGCACACCUUAUUCUCACAGGAGAGAGAAUGACCGCUCAAGAGCUUGAGUCGGCAGGCUUGAUCAGCAAGAUUUUUCCAGCGGAAAAUUUCCUCGAAACCGUACUCGCCAUCGCCCAAAGGGUGGCUAAGCUUCCGCCAAUUUCCUCCAAGGCGAACAAGAGCUUGAUGACGAGCUAUUUCAAGGAUCAACUGCACCGGGCAAACGACUUGGAGAGAGAACUGUUUGCCAAGCUGGCAGCCGGGAGUGAAACCAAGGAGGCUGUAAAGAAGUUCGCCAAAGAGCAAAGAGCGAAGAAAGCAAGAUCAGCCAAGAGAGAACACCUUUGA